AUGUUUGCGAGACAUGGCAUUCCGUAUGAAGUCAAGAGUGACAAUGGACCUCAGUAUAUUUCACAGGAAUUCAGACAAUUUGCUAAGGAUUGGAACUUCCAGCAUACUACCUCUAGUCCUUACCAUCAACAAGCUAACGGACUUGCAGAGAGGACAGUUCAAACGGUAAAACGACUACUUGAGAAAUCGAGAGUUGACGGAAGUGACCCUUAUUUGGCCAUACUGGAAUACAGGAACACACCAACAGAUACAGAAUCACCAGCCAAGUUAUUGAUGAGCAGAGAAUUGAGAUCCAUAUUACCUGUUACCACAAGGCAACUUAGACCAAAAACGGUGAAACCCAAAGACAUCGUCAAGGAUCGAAAGGAGGCGCAAAGGAGACAACAAUAUUAUUUCAAUCGCUCAGCUCGAGAUCAACCAAAAAUCUCUAUGGGACAAGCUGUUCGAUUCAGACACAAAGAUGAAUGGAAACCGGGUUAUGUGAUGAAGAACGAAAAUCGAUCAUACUGGAUGACAACACCUGAAGGGGAAUACCGUAGAAACCGGAAGGACAUUCUUAUUUCAAAGGAGAAAAACUUCAACUUGAAACCAGCAAUUUCCAUUGAUGAUGAGCCAAAUAGUUCACAGGAAUCCGAUACAGCAGUAGACUCGCAGAGUGCUAUCGUUUCGGAACCACAAUCUCCACGUAAUCCUACUGGAAGUUAUCGUACCCGAUCUGGACGAGAAGUACGAAAGCCCAAACGUUUCGAGGAAUAG